UGCAUGUCGCACCAUAGCUAUAGCCUUGUAUUGUUGACUUGUCACGCGUCCUGCCGCGUGCUCUGUGUCCAAUUAGAAGGAGCACGAACACUACUUGACACUGAGUUGGACAAUGAGCUGCCCACACACAGAAGACGGAUUUAUUAUAGUGACACCCAAGUCUCUAACUACCGUCGUCGUAGCCACAGUGGUAGCCCUCGGAACCGUAGGCGUUAUAAUGUACUACACAUUGUCCGGAGCGAGCAAGUCGCGAGGUGAAUACCUCGUCGACUCUCAGCACGGUCUUGUCAAGACAGUUAUGGGACGAACCAUAACUGAAUACCUAGGCGUGAAGUACGCGAAAGUUUUGAGCAAGUCUGAUCGUUUCGCCCCGUCCGAUAUCCUUGAAUACCAGCGGGAAAUGAACCUAAGCUCGCGUCCACCCUGCCCUCAACUGCCUUGGAGUCCCAUACCGACGCUUCUCAAGAUUAAAUCUCACUCCACAGAUGACUGUCUACGUCUCAACAUAUGGCGACCUGGACAGGCCAGUAUUCGCUGCAAGCCUAAGCCCGUUGUUGUCGUUUUUCAUGGUGGCAGAUUCCAGUACGGCGGCGGAGGCACCUACUUGUACUACGACGGUCAGUUCAUGGCUGCUACGUGGGAUGUCGUGGUCGUUACACCCGCGUACCGCGUCGGCGUCUUGGGAUUCCUCAACGCUCAAACAGCGGAUGCCCCGGGCAACGCCGGUCUGACAGACCAAGUGAACGCCCUUCGCUGGGUGCACAGGUACAUUGACCAGUUUGGCGGAGACAGAGAUAGAGUGACACUUCUCGGGGAGGAAGCAGGUGCAGCGUCCGUUGGGUAUCAUCUAAUUCAUCAGCAGACUUCGACACUUUUCCAGAAAGCCAUUCUCCUCAGUGGCUCUCCUUUCAUGCCGGUACCCGAUAACAGCGGCGCCACCGCGCUUUUAAAUGCCAAUUCUCUUGCCGAGAUAUUAGGCUGCGAAGUAGGCGAGGAAGGGCUCCAGGACUUGCGGUUACGACAAGAAAUGGUAGCCUGCUUGAGGAGGAGAACACCUCUGGCUGCCGUGAAUGCAGGAAAGAAGUUGUCGUCUAGCAGCGACAGGGCUCUCUUUGGCCCAACCCUAUCAGAAGGCUACCGUUGGAAGAGAGGAGAAACUGCGAAAACAAUGAAGCCGCUGGAUAUCCUAAUUGGAUACACAAAGUCCGAAGGAACGUCGUACGUCACCGAAGCCAUGAAUAUUUUCGAGCUCCCGGCCAACCAGCUGUUGAGUGCGACAAAGAUGGUGUCCAUGCUGAGGAAGUUUUUGGAUAUGUACGGCAUCAAGGAUUCAAGCGAAAUAAUCCAAUAUUAUGGAUACAACAAUUUGACGUUUGCUUCCAAGCUAGGGGUUUUAUUAAUAGAAGAGGUCGCUGUGGCCCUCGGUGACUUCUUCGUCUACUGCCCCGUCAUGUAUUUCCUGGAAGAAGUAAGCCGAGAGGGCAGUCGUGUGUUCUUCUACGAGUUCACCUACUCGCCCAAUUACAAGUGGUGGGGAUCUUGGCUGGGAGUGCCUCAGUUUCUCGACUACGUUUUCGCGACUGGGUUCCUGGACAUAAUAUCCGAGUCAGCCGCAGUUCACGAAAAUGACAAAAUCCUCGCGCAAGACAUGGCGAAGAUGUUCGCAGGAUUCGUCAAGACUGGAAAUCCUAACACACUUCCAAACGUCCUCUGGCAACGUUGGAAAGCGUCUGCCAGUACGCCACUAAAGAUGGACUACGCGGCCAAUGGGGAGUACAAUCACGAUCCACAGUAUCGUUACCGUAACGAGUGUGACAUGUGGCGGAACUAUCUGUGACCACUUCCGCAUAGCUGUUUGGCAGG